AUGUCGGGUCCGGCGAAACGCAAAGCAGAAAAGGAUAUAUCGCCGGUGAAAGCGAAGAAGACAAGUACAGAGACAAAAACAAAGACGGUAGUUCCUGCGUAUCAUCUCACCCCAUCAAGACAGGAUGAGUCUGGAGAGAUUGUAUGGCCCGCGAGAAAAGAGCAGAUUGAACGCGCCCGGGAAAUUAUCAGAAACUGCGCCUCAGCCCAGAAGCCAACCGUCAUCCUCCCCGACAAGGAUGCAGACGGACUCUCAUCUGGCGCCAUACUUCACCAUACCCUCACAGCUCUAGGUCUACGACCUGAUCUCAUAUCCGUAUAUUUCCCACCAAAAGGCUCGAACGUACAUGAUGAUAGUACAAAGGAAGCUUUGACAAAACUAUCUCCAUCAUACAUCUUCAUACUAGACCAAGGCAGCAGAAAAACGCCGCCAGUCGUCGACUUGCCGCAUACAUGCCUCGUCGUAGACCACCACUUUGCCGACGAAGGAGGAUUUCCAAAAGGUAGCGAUUACGUGACAGCUCACGACUGUCCACCCGUUGCGACUAGCGCGUUAUUGACGUACACAAUCUGCUUACCACUCCAUCCGGAUCUCAACGACAAAGUGUCUUGGUUGUGUGCACUAGGAACCCACGGCGACCUGGGUAGCAGCAUAAAAUGGGAACCCCCUUUCCCCGACCUAACCGCGACCUUCAAAUCCCAUUCCAAGAAAUCCAUCAACGACGCCGUAGCCUUAGUCAACGCACCACGGCGGUCGGCAGCCUACAACGUGCAGGAUGCCUGGGAUGCCGUCAUAUCUGCCACCAAUCCCUUGGAAAUUGCAAAGGAUGAAAAGCUUCACACCGCUUCCCUGGAAGUACGCCGUGAGACGGAGCGAUGCACACAUACGCCCCCCAAAUUCUCAGCCGACGCUACAAUCGCCGUUCUCACGAUAUCUUCUGCCGCGCAGAUUCAUCCUGUCAUCGCUACAAGAUGGUCUGGUACGCUCAAGUCGAAUAAACUGGAGGUUGUCAUGUGCGCGAAUGAAGGCUAUCUUGCUGAUAAAGUCAACUUUUCGUGUCGUGUUGCCAAGUGUGCGCGGGCGCGAGGAGGAGAGGACAAAGUCGACAUCAUCAGCAAGCUAGAGAGCAUAGUUGCUGACAAUUCUGAACUGAGAAGUAGGUUGGGUGAAAACUUCGCAAGAGGGCACAAAGAGGCUAGUGGGGGUAUCGUGGGCAAGGGAGAGUGGGAAGAGUUUAAGAAGUUGAUGGGUAUUGGAGAAGCGGCGAAGAAGAAGGCGGAUGCUAAGAAAGAGAAGGACAAGCCUGCACAGAAGAAUACCUUGGCGAAUUAUUUCGCGAAGAAAGACAAGGUAAAGGUAGAGGGUGCGUGA